AUGGAUGGCUGGGGAGAAGUUUCUCGCAUCCCAGCUACGGCCCGCUCUGCACCGGCCCCCCGGGGCCCCGAGGCGCCGCCUAUCACGGCGCUUCUGUUCGACAGCACGGCCAACUUGCUCUGGUGCGGCGACGCGCAGGGCCACACGGCGCUGUUCACGCCGCUGCUGCAGGAAAACACGCCGUACCGCCACAUGGCCUUGUACAGAUACACCAAGUUCCGGCUGCUGGGCGCCGCGAGCCCCGUGGUCCAGCUCUUGAACCACCAGCGGGGCAUCCUCUCGCUCCUGCACGGCGCGGUGGGCUUCAGCCUGCGCCGGGGCGUGCCGAACGUGGCAUUGACCGCGGCCCUGUGGCCGGCCGCGGACCGGGCGGCGUGGGCCGGUCUCCGCAGCAUGGCGCUCGCGUACCUGACGUCCCACGACCUUGUGGUGGGCGGCGCGGCCGCGCUCUUCAAGGUGGACUUGGCGCGGCCGACACAGCCCACGCGGUUCGCGCAUGACGGCGACGUGGCGCUCGUCAACUACUCGUCCAAGCUCCUCACGUUGGGCCGGCUGGGCGGCGCGCUCGAGGUGUUUGACCCGGCUGCCAACAAGUCCGUCAAGACGUUUGCGGGCCACAACGGCAUGCUCUCGGACUUGGACGUCAAGGGCAACUACGUGGCCACGUGCGGCUACUCGGCCCGCAUGCCGCGCUACGGCCUGGCCUCCGCCGCGGUGGAGUACAUGGUGGACCCGCUCGUCAACAUCUACGACUUGCGCACCAUGCGCGCGCUCUCGCCGCUCCCGUUCUCGGCGGGCGCCAGCUUCGUGCGCUUCCACCCGAAGUUGCCCAACAUCGUGGUCAUCGCGUCCGCGAACGGCCAGAUCCAGUUCGUCGACAUCCACGACCAGCUGGUCGUGCACCUCUACCAGGCCGACCUCACCGACGCGGCCGCUGCCGCGGGCCUGCUUGCCGCAGCCACCAGCUCCUACCUCGCCCACUUGAACAUCAGCGAGAACGGCGAGUUCCUCUGCUUUGCCGACGGCUACAAGAACUUGCACUUGUGGUCCAUGAGCUCAUCCACCAGCCAGAACUUCCUCAACUUCCCUGCCACGCUCGACCAGCCCGCCAUUCCUGACAACAUCGUCGCCGCGCUGGACCACGUGGCCUUGGACGACGUUGUGCCCCUCAACUCUGUAGGAAUGCCCUACUACAAGGAGUAUUUGGCCUCCAACUUCCCGUCGGAUUUGGUUUUCAUCAAGGAAUCCGCCAGAAUCCCAAAGCAGGUCACGGAUGCCUGCUUGCGCCCGAAGACAGCCCCCAAGUCGGCUCCCACUAGAUACCACUACGACAAGGCCAAGUACGGUGCACGUCAUGUGACACCCCUGUAUGUUUCGUUGAAACAUGCGCACGGCAAGACGGGCGCUCCUUCGACAAAGAUAAGCUCCAUCCCCAAGUUCAUCAGCGAAAGAAGCAUGACGUCCUCCCCUGUUGCUGGUGGCAGAGCUUUCGAAUCAGAGUCACCGUCAUUGCCUGCAUUUGCCACAUUCCACGACUUCAACGAUAUCGAUUCGGAUGGUGCCUCCAAGUUCAAUGCCAAGACAGACGCACCCGGUGAACAAACCGACUCGACGUUUCAGUAUAAGCCUGACCCGAGUACUCCAGUUCCUCCGUGUUAUGGCAAGCUUGAUAUCCACUACUCUCGAUUUGGGGUCGAUGACUUUGAUUUCGAUUACUACAAUCGCUCCAAUGGACAGUUCGCAGGACUUGAAAACCAUCUAGACAACUCUUACACAAACUCCUUGCUUCAGAUAUACCGCCAUAUCCCAAUUUUCUACAAUGCAGUCACCAAGAGCUUGAUGUCCGAAUAUCUUCCCAAUGACAAGAAGACAAUACAUGAUAGAGGCAACCCUCUGGGUACAUCUGUCUUAAACGAGCUUGGGUAUCUUUUCGACAUGAUGCACAAGGCAGGGGCCAGAAAUGUCAACAUAUCCAACUUCUCCCUCAUUCUAAACGAAAGUGACAUUGCUAAAAACUACGGCCUAUUGAACACAGACGAUGGGAAGUCCCUUGAUUCCAGAGAGCUUCAGGAAUUGGUGGUGACUUUCAACAAGUUUUUGAUCGAGUCUAUUGUAAGCGACUUCAGGUCUCAAUUUAGUAUCGAUGUUCAAGACUUGAGUGCGACGCACUACGAACUAGAGUUCUUUGCCCCUUCUGGUGAACUACUAGACAAGCAAUACGGCAGCCAAGUCACUCUCGACUUAUGCUCACCACCCUCACACUACCUCAACAGAGGUGGCUUUGGAAACCGCUAUACUUCACAGCAUUUGACGAAGAAAAACAGCACAAUCUUAAACUAUCUCGAUUACUCCCUUAAUCAGCAUCGCUUGAUUCCGGCAUCCAUGAACACACCUUAUGAAGUUGAGGCACGACAACUCUUUAUAGACCUCGGACCUGUCCUCCUGAUUAAUCUUCCCCUUAGCGAUCAGGAGUUUGACCAAAUCAGGAGUUUCAAGAAGUGGCUUGUACCUGAGUUCUACACGGUGAAUAGCGCAAACAAGAAAUUGACUUUCAAGCCAGUCAUUGCCCAGAUGAACCAACGAGCAAACAAGUACGAGCUUCAGGGCUACGUCUGUGAAAUCAGCCAUGGCCUGGCAUCGUGCAAAGGUCAACACAACCUUGUUUCAUAUGUCAAGAUAAGAUCAGUUUCGCUGGGCAAAGAUCAGUGGUUUUUAUUCAACGACUUUUUGGUGAUGCCUAUUCCAGAGGACGAGGUCUUCAAUCUAUCUUAUCUGUGGAAAAAGCCAGUCGUUGUUGUCUACAGCAAUUCUGAAGACCAUAGAAACCAGAAAUUCUCCUAUUUCGAGUGCGAGAUGUUCAGAAAACUUUCAUCCCUCAACGACGGAAUUUUGUACAGAGACCACUUUGCAUACGGUACAAGACAAGGCUAUAAGAAAGAAUAUGAACUCUUGACUCGUCAAGAGGCUCCUGCUCUCGGGUCUCUUAUCGCAAUCGAUGCAGAGUUUGUCUCGUUGAGGCCAGAGGUAGCGGAAGUCAGUUACACCGGGAGUCGAAACUUGGUAAGACCAACGCUACUUUCGCUCGCCAGGAUAUCUGUUUUGCGAGGUGAUCCUGGACCAAAACAUGGGGUCCCAUUCAUAGAUGAUUAUAUCAUGCAUUGCAAGCCCAUAUAUGACAACUUGACGAACUUCUCCGGCAUCGAAGAGGGAGACUUGGAUCCCACGAAAUCACACAAGACGCUUGUUACGCUUCAAACGGCGUACAGAAGACUUUGGCUUCUCAUGAAUCUAGGGUGCGUUUUUGUUGGACACGGGCUCAAAAGUGACUUUAGAUGCAUCAAUCUUCAGGUCCCCAGGUCGCAGAUCCGAGACACGAUUGAAUUCUACCAUCUUCCUGACUUUAGAAGAAAGCUCAGCUUGAAGUUUCUAGCCUACAGUGUUUUGAAAGAGUCAGUGCAGACGAGAAACCACGACUCGAUUGAGGAUGCUCGUACAGCGCUUCUUCUAUUUGAGCGGUACAUGGAGCUCAGGGCGUCGGGAGAGUUUGAGCAGGCUUUGCGGCGUAUUUACAGCGAGGGCCAGCAACUCCGGUUCCGAGUGCCUGAGUAG